CCCUUCUUUUAUUACCCUCUUCUCCUCUGUUUACCCUCCUCCCCCCUUACAUCUACCAUCUCAAGUGCAAAGAGAUGAGAUAACAAUAAGAUGCCAAUAUAAGAAAUAAGGUUAUAAGAUCAUCAUCACUGCUCGUGGAGGAAGGUUGUUCUUAAACUGCUGAGUUUUCUGCUGAGGCAAGUUUCAGUAAAGCGUUUUCACGAAGAUCCUGGCUCACCAGUGGUCUCUUAUGUGGGCUUUGUUCUCAGUCUUUCAGCUUUCUGCCUCCAAUCAAAAGCAGGAAACCACCAAUUCAGCCCAUGAAAGAUAACUGGAUGGAGAAUGGCCUGGGCGUGCACGAUGGCCCACCUCCACCAUCUGCUGUGCAGACAGAAAGUGGCCACGGCAAUGACGUCACAAUCGCCCGGACGCCACUGCGAUGACGUCACAAUCGCCCGGACGAUUCUAUAAAAGGCGAGCGCUCGCUCAAAAUCAGUCAAUCGUUUGAGUCGGUUUGCAGUGCGGACGUGAGAAUGGACGCCAAACCCGAACCCGGACCUGAACCCGAACCCGAACCAGGAACGUCUUCCAGCUUUCUGGCUCCACUGACUAAAGACUCCAAGUUCCUCAGAUUCUUCAAGAAGACGGCUGAGGAGCUGGUCAGAUGGAUUGGGUCUGAAUGUCAUCCUCGAUUCCCUGUGUGCUUCCUUUACGAGCAUCUGGUGGAUCGUUUGAUGGAACAAGUUAAGAUGCUGGCCUGGAUAGACAUUACCUUUGAGGCAUCUGAUGCGCGGCUCUUCCCUGAUGAGGUCGAUGCCGUGUCUUAUAUUUUCAGCGAAGUGCAUGAAGACCUCUUGAACAAGCCCUGGAGAAUGGAAGUAUCUUGUUUCAACGAGGGAUUCCUCUGUUACCUCACCUACGCUGUCAUGGACGCUUUCAUUAAUUACACAUUGUCCUGCUGUACAGCAGCAAGUACGUCCUCAGACAGUGACCUUGAUGAAGGAUCACAGGGGGAGCCUGAGAUGCAGGAGGUCUGUAGCACCGUCCUCGGUCAGCGGAGUCCAUCAGAGUGCGAGGAACUGAUCCGAGAACUUGGUGGAUCUUCCGAUUCGGCUGACCUGAGUCAUGACGAGUGCUCUGAGACCCUCACCGGCUUCCAAACUUACAGGGACUCAGAGGUGGAGAAUCCUGAAGGCCUGGAGGUUCCUGCCUGCGCUAACGGUACUACAGGUUCCAACACAACCGGAACAAAGUGGAAGAAGCUCCGUUCUCGUAUCUCCAGCUUCGUGAGACGAGUCUUCCUCUUCGGAUGCGUCCCAUUCUUUCAGCUUUCUGCCUCCAAUCAAAAGCAGGAAACCACCAAUUCAGCCCAUGAAAGAUAACUGGAUGGAGAAUGGCCUGGGCGUGCACGAUGGCCCACCUCCACCAUCUGCUGUGCAGACAGAAAGUGACCCUUGACGCUCUGUUCAGUGCUCGGCUUUUGAGAAAUGAAACUCCAGAGCCUGAGCACGAACAGGUGUCCUCAGAGGAUGAGGAGGAAACUCUAUUUGAGUCUCCUAAAGACUCCAAGAUCCUCAGAUUCUUCAAGAAGAUUGCUGAGGAGCUGGUCAGAUGGCUGGAGUCUACAUUUCAUCCUGGAUUCCCUGUGUCUUUUCUUUUUGAGUGUCUGGUAGACUGUUUGAUGGAAGAGGUGGAGAUGCUGGCCAUGGUAAAUAUUACCUUUGAGGCCCGUGACGAGGUCGAUGCCAUCUCUUAUAUCGUCAGUGAAGUGUAUGAAGACCUCUUGAACCAGCCCAGGAGAAUGGUCGUGUCUUGUUUCAACGAGGGGACCAUCAGUUACAUCAGCUAUGCUGUCAUUCGAGCAUUAAUUAAUUACACAUCGUUCUACUGAACAGCAUUAUUUUUGUGUCCUGACUCAAAGUGAUUAAUCUGUGUUUAGAUAUCCAGGCUUUGAUUCAUCCAGGUUUAGACACACGGGCUGCGAUUCAUCCAGGUUUAGACACACGGGCUGCGAUUCAUCCAGGUUUAGACACACGGGCUGCGAUUCAUCCAGGUUUAGACACAGUGGGUAAAAUAAGUAUUUGAUAAACUGCUGAUUUUUGCAAGUUCUGCCACCUACAGAGAAUGGAGAGGUCUGUAAUUUGUAUCGUAGGUACAGUCCAUGAAGAAAUCAUGUAUGAUUUUUAAAUAAUUAAUUUGCAUUUUACUGCAUAAAAUAAGUAUUUGAUCAACUACGAACCAGCAAGAAUUCUGUCUCUCACAGACCUAUUUCAAGUAGGCCACAGAUUUGAUGUCCUAAAUUAAUGUUCUGAACAUCCCGCCAUUCAUUUCUACGGGAAAACAUCAUUCUUGCAAAUAGAGAGAUGUAAACGGAGUCGUUCUGAGCGGUUCGGUGUGAAACGCUCUGUUCUAGAUAAACUCAGUCAGAACUGUUCGCAGUGGUGGUGAUAGGAACCAGACGUCCCCCUCUAAAAGCUCCUCACAGAACG